UUUUCUUUUUUCUUUUUUUUCUUACCUUUAGGCGAACCCAAGAGCCUGGGUUCGUCACGAUGAACCCAGCUCGUGGGGUCGUCGCGAUGAACCCAGCUCGUGGGUUGGUCGCGAUGAACCCUGCUCGUGGGUUCGCAACGAACCCAGGAGCGUGGAUUCGCGACGGCACUUCAAGCGGAUUGAGAACCCAGCUCGCGCCUGGGUUCACGACUUGGCAGAGAUUGAGAACCCAACUUGCGUCUAAGUAUGUCGCGAACCCAGGCGCGAGCUGGGUUCAUUGCCAACCCAAUCACAUGAGCUGGGUUCAUUGCGAACCCAGUCGCAAACCCAGUCGCGCAAGCUGGGUUCAUCCUAGGUUCGCGAUAAACUUAGGCACCUGGGUUCAUCACAAACCUGCGAGCUGGGUUCGCCUGAAGGUAAAAGGAAAAAAGCUAGAGGAAGUGGGGUGAUGUGAAGAGUGACGUGGAGUCCACAUAAACAUAUUUUACGCGU